AUGAAGCUCUCCGGCCUCCCUCUCCAGGCCAUCGUGGCCUCGGUGCUUCUCGCGACAACCGCUGUCGCUGAGCACACGAGCAACUGGGCCGUCCUGGUCUGCACAUCGCGAUUCUGGUUCAACUACCGCCAUCUCGCCAAUGUCCUGUCCAUGUACCGAACCGUCAAGCGCCUGGGCAUCCCCGAUUCCCAAAUCAUCCUCAUGCUGCCCGACGAUAUGGCCUGCAAUCCACGAAAUGCGUUCCCAGGCACCGUCUACAGCAACUCAGACCGGGCCGUGGACCUGUAUGGCGACAACAUUGAGGUUGACUAUCGUGGAUACGAGGUCACCGUUGAAAACUUCAUCCGACUCCUAACCGAUCGUGUCGGCGACGAGACCCCCCGAAGCAAGCGACUCUUGACCGACGACCGAAGCAACAUCUUUGUAUACAUGACCGGACAUGGUGGAAACGAAUUUCUCAAGUUCCAAGACGCGGAAGAGAUUGGCGCGUUCGAUCUUGCUGAUGCCUUUGAACAGAUGUGGGAGAAGAAGAGAUACCAUGAAAUCCUCUUUAUGAUCGAUACUUGCCAAGCAAACACCAUGUACAGCAGACUAUACUCUCCCAACAUCAUUGCUACGGGAUCAUCUGAGCUCGACGAAUCUUCCUACUCUCAUCACGCCGAUAAUGACGUCGGUGUUGCUGUCAUUGACCGAUACACUUACUACAACUUGGAAUUCCUCGAAGCUCAUGUCCAAGACUUGAGCAGCAAGAAGACCAUUGGCGAACUGUUUGACAGCUAUGAAUUUGACAAGAUCCACUCAACCGCCGGAGUCCACUACGACCUCUUCCCUGGCGGAGAAGAAGCUGCGCGCAGUCGCUUGAUCACCGACUUCUUUGGCAAUAUCCAAAACGUCGAGGUUGACAGGGCCAAGGACCUGGCUCUGGAAGAAGAAUUGGUCGAGCUCAGCAAGACUAUUGCCAUGCUGCGGAGAAAGGAGGCCGAAGAAGAUGCCGCCUACCACAAUGUAUCGUCCAUUCCUGCGAGCGUUCCUACCGCGCCGCCGAGGAAGAUCCAGGGGGCUAAGGCUCUUACUGAAGACGACUGGUGGACGAAGAAGAUCAUUGGAGCUACGGCACUUGCUGGAUGUGCACUAUUAUGGGGGGUUGGUAGCUUUUUGGAAGCAUGA